AUGAAGUUAGAGGACGUACUGGAACAAAAAUCGGAAAUUGAACAGUUCUUAAGCACCCUUUGCGAUGCGCAUCACAGACUCCUCUUCAGUGUGCAAGACGCAGAAAAGCUCGACAAGGUCCGGAAUGAUGUGAAAAUCUGCUUUAAUGACCUUUGCAAACUCAAUGGAAUCUUAAUAUCAGUGGAUGGCGACGGAAGCAUUCGGAGAGAGAUCGAUAGGCUAAAGAAACAAGGGAGCAAGCUUACUCGAUUAAAUGCGAAACACAAAGAGCUAAUUUCACGGAAGGAACAAUGGCAGCUCAUUAAAGAUGCUAGUUCAGAAAGGAAACCAUCACCUAUGAGCAGUGAUACGUUUUCCUUGAAGGGUAAUUAUCACGACUCCCUAAAUGAGUACAUAGAUGAUGUUGGGAUUUUACAAACAUCGCUGACUGACGGUAAUACACAAGAUGAGGUGCGCGAAUCCCCAGUUAAAGAUUUUGAAGCACUAUCUAGAAGAUUAGCAUUACUCAACUUCUGUCGAAAAGAAGUGAAUUCAGAAAUAAAACAACUUGAAUCGCUGCUGUCGAACUUUAGAAAGGAUGAAGAGUUCAUAAAUCGUGAGUGGAAAAGGCAACGCUCUGAGGUGGAAAACAUAAUUCUUCAAUUUGAUGAAGAUUUGCGGAGUGUUCGGCGUUCUCAGGAGAAGAUUCUGGUAAAGCUGGGACUUCAUGAGAACAGUGAAACGAAGAACUCUUCUAUUCUUUUCAAUCUCACUAAGAAACCGGUCAAUGAUGAGGAGACCCUUGACGAAGAGCUUAAAUACGCUGAUGAGUUAAUCAAAGCAAAGGUAAACACCUUGAACGAUGAGCUUGCAAGUUCCAAAGAACAAAUGCAUCAAAUGGAACAUACCAGAAACUUAUGGGAUGAAGCCAUAAGCAAAAUCGCUAAACUUGAAGAGGAAUUAAAAGACAAACUAUUAACCAAUCCCAAUAUUUAUCCUAAAGAGUUGUCUCAACCUAUAGAGGAUGUCAUAAAACAGCUGGAGGAUUUAUACUCGGCCUCUUCCUCUUCGUCAGAAUUCUUACGAAAAUGCCUUUACAACGAAAUCGAAGUUCUACAGAAAGCGAAACAAGAGUUAGAUGGUGAAAGUGGACAACAAGUCAAAAGACAAGUUCAACCGAGAAAAAAUCUCGAGCUAGAAAGAAGCCCUUCCUUCUUAACGACUGGAACAUCCCCACCUAAGAUUGGCAUCACAAGGGAAACAAUACCGUCACUGAAUGGCUCCUUCUCUCAGGCUGGAAGAUCGACGCUGAGUCUUGAGAAAAUACAAAAGAAUGAGUAA